UAUAAAGCACGAAACUCACCUGCUCACUUUGUGGCGAGUUCGGAGUAUUGUUGUCAACGGUGUUUACUUUGAGUAUUCAGUUGUUGAUAGCGUUUUUCUUGUUGAGUAUGGGACAGCGACAAUCUCGUAAAGAGAAAGCGGAGGGUGGUGAAUGUGUGCACGGGAUCAGUCCCGGUGCAUCACUUACACCCACCGACCACAAGGCGGAGGUCCAUCCUCGUUCCGACGAGACGCCUGAGUGUGUCGGUGAGGGAGGCGGGCAGGAGAGAGGGGGAGACAAGGCCAAGAAGAAGAGGAAGAGAAAGAGGUUUCGGAGAUUUACCUCUUUCUUCUCUUACUUGUCUCGUCCCAAAUCCACCAGGGCUCAUGAUGAGCAGGUGGAGCAGGGUGAGGUGGACCAGGACACCGAUGAAGCCCCAUCGAGGUGUACUGAUGAUCAGACUUCUCUACAGGACGUCGUCUGUACUGUAGAGGAGGAUGAUGAUCAUCAGGAGCCUCCUACCAGUGAUCCUGAGGUCCUUGCCGCUCCCGAUGACCAGCAAAUGAUGGACACCCAUCCUCAAGAUCAGGACGGUCCAGCCAGUCCGUCAGCAGGUGAGAAUGAUUCCCAUCUGCUGAGACAGCUGGACUGUGAGGAGAUCGUGAGGAUUGAGGAACACAUUUGCUGGAAAUAUGUCAUCGGCAAAAAGAUGGGGGAAGGAUCAUACGGCUCAGUGUAUGAAGGGACCCGCUGUGAGGACGGCCUUCAGGUGGCUGUCAAAAUCACAGCGAAGACGGAGAAAGAGCCGUACCUCAGCCUUCCUGACCAUCCCAGACCAGUACCUCUAGAAGUGGCCCUGACAGUUCUGGCCAAUCAAGGCCCGAGCUGUCGCCACAUUAUAGAGCUGCUGGACUGGCAAGACCAUCUUGACCAGUACAUCAUGGUCCUAGAGCGGCCCUCACCCUGCAUGGACAUGCACGAUUUCUGGCUGCAUUAUGACGGGCUCUUCACUGAGGGGAUGGCCCGUCAUUUCAUGCAGCAGGUUAUAGACGCUGCUGUCGUGUGCUGUUCCCGGGGGGUCUUCCAUCGCGAUAUCAAGAUGCCGAACCUCCUGGUCAACAUAGAGACCCUGGAGGUGAAGCUGAUUGAUUUCAGCUGUGGGGACCUCCUGAAGAGCACCAAGUACAAAUCCUACAGUGGGACAGCGAGGUACUGCCCUCCUGAAUAUUUUCAGAAGGGCGAGUACCAUGGGAAACAGGCGACCGUGUGGUCACUGGGAGUGCUCCUCUUCCGGAUGAUCACCAGCCUUUUCCCCGAGAGCAGCGAUAUCAGUCUGAUGGACACUGAUAUCUGGUCCAAGCCAGGCUUCUCCAAUGAAUGCUGCUGCUUUAUCAGAGGUUGUCUGAAGAACGACCCGGAGUGCAGGAUUCAUCUGGAUGAGUUGCUCUUCCAUGACUGGUUUAAGUGGUAAAGAAGAGCAUACCUGUGUCAUUUUGGCGAAAUCUAGCACAGGCCGUGCACAUGGUCUGUCCGGGUCCCUGCGGCGCUUUAGGCCAGGUUUCAGCAGGAGCAGGUCGCAGG